AAAUGCCCUCACUAAGACAAAAGGUCACCACAUAUUUCAGGCAAUUGAGUUUCAUUGCAGAACCACGAGAUGGUCCGAAAAGUCCCAGAAAGACAGACGAUGAUAGCAAUUUUAUAAUCAAGUAUUUGGAAGGUCGCAUGGAUCGUAAUUUUACACCCGGUCCAGAAAUAUGUCACGGACAAAAUCCCAGCGAUUUGCCGCAAUUAAAAAUCGGCCCAUACCCAACUGGACCCCAUUCGAUAACAGCCGCCUGUACUGGUCCCGAUGAUGGUCUGACCGGCAUUAAAAGAUCGAAACUACAUCUGAGCGCCAGUUAUGCGGAUGACAUCGAUUUCAUUGAUACCAUACAAGAGACCGACUGCUUCGAAGUACGCAAAAGUAUUAACACCAAUGUCCAAAGUCGCAGCAAUAGUCAUAAGAUACAACGUUAUGGCAGUAAUCGACGCCUUAGCCAAGGAGCCACAUCCACCACGAAUGAUUCGAACGCCAAUAAGUCGAAUGCCAACAGUAGUGGCGUGGGUGGUGGUAUGCGAUCGCGUAAAAAUUCAAAAUCAAGUAUUUCAAAUCUCUCACAAACUACCAAAGAUACGAGUUCCGUGGCCAAGUCCACAAGUCAAAAGAACGAAGAGAAUUUGAAUAAGUCCACCACAAUUGUGGUGAGUAUGGUAUCAUCAUCAACGGGCAAAACGUCGUCGACGACAACAACCACCGAUUUGCAAACCAAUGCUGCCAAUGACCAAAACAACAAAAAUCUCUUGAACACAACAACCACAGCAACAACAAAGACUGAAGAUACCACAUCACUGCUACAUCAGAAAGCCAAAGAGAAUGGUGAGAGUCUCAAAGCGGAUGUCACAGAAACCACAACAAAAAUCCUAGAGGAUACCACAGAACGUUUGCUGAGGGAGGCCGUUUCUAGUCAGGCACCUGUCAUCGAUAGUGAAGAUGUCAUUGCCGGUGUUAGCAACUGGAAAAUGGAAAGCGAUGUGGCCUAUGGCAUAUCGGUGUCCCUCUACGAAAACAAUAUGUUAACCAAAGAACCCAUGGGUAAUCCCAUAGCGGACUGUUACGGUAUGGUGGUACGCGGCAAUGUCGCGGCCAUGGCUCUGGCGGAUGGUGUCAAUUGGGGAGAUGGUGCUCGUUUGGCUGCUCGCUCCGCAGUCCAUGGAUGUUUAGAUUAUUUGGAUCGUGCCAUAUUUGGCUAUUCGCAGGAAUGCAUGGCCACCACAACUCAAGAAGUAUUCGUUAGUCUGUUGCGUAGCCUUUGGGAGGGGCAUGGAUGUAUUUUGGAAGUGGGCGGUGCUCUUAGUACGUUAACAAUAGCUGUAGUCUUACCCUUAGCCAAAGAUGAAAAUGUUGCUGUGAAUGGUUCGGAUGGAGGUGCGAGUGAGAAAUAUGUGGUGUGUGCCUGCAAUGUGGGAGAUUCCUUGGGUUAUGUGUACUCCAAAAAGCACGGUGUGCGAGAAUUUACUUUGGCAUCUCAUGACAUUACCUCGAUGCGUGAUAUGCGUGAUGCCUUGGGUGCUUUGGGUCCUGCUGAUGGCAAUAAACCGGAAUUGAGCAACCUCACCUUGACCAUGACCAUAAUUGACAGUGGUGACAUUGUGUUUCUCACCUCCGAUGGCAUAAGUGAUAAUUUUGAUCCCGUUGUGGGUAAAUUUGCCGAAGCUUGGACUCCAGAUGUAAAGCUCAUGCCCUCAACACCAGGCACAGGACCACCACACACCGGAAUAUUGGCACCAAAAAGACAAAACAAAAGUGCUUCGGCCAUAUAUGCCCGCCUGCAUGGCUCCUCCAAUCCCACAAGUCCCCAGCCACCUGUCCGUCCACCACGCACCAAAAAAUCAUCAUCUCCAGAAAAUGCCAGUUCAGGAUCGCAGAGUGCACCAAGUCGCCCAAAAUACAUGAGAUCUCACACUGUUAUAGAACCAAGAAGAUUGUCAUCAUCUGGUCUGCAUCCCUCCUUGCAACAAAGGGACUAUGAUUACAAACCGAAAAUACCUAAAUCUGCAACUGGAUUGCCAUUGGUCACCGGACCACAACGGCAUGCCUUGACUCUCUAUCGUCUCGAAGAUCUACUCAGUUAUGGUAUAAAUGGUACAUUUUCUCCAUGUACCUCAGCGCGACGUUUGUGUCAUUUGCUAAUUGAUUUUGUGCGCAUGAUUACCUCAGCUAGGCGCAAGACCCUGGAACAGAGGGAAUUAUUUUAUAAGUUAUCCACUGGACCGGAUGGCAUAAAACGAGAAGUGGAACUAAAUCGUAUGCAACAUCGUGUUGCACGAAAACGCGUCAUCGAUAGUCCAGCUUUUUCGGCAUUGCCGGGUAAAUUAGAUCAUGCCUCGGUGGUGGCCUACAUAGCCGGUAGUGGUGGUUCGGCUGCAUCUCACAAUGGUAUACGCUCAACCGAAAACAAGGAUCAUCAUCAACAACAAAGGACACAGGAAGUGAAUACAAAUGGUGCUGGUCACACAGUGACAAAUGCUCCGUUGCAAUCAAAGGAAUUUCAGGAAACUAAUUUUUAG